AUGCCCGAUACAUCUGAGCAGUCGCAGCAUCCAGUUACGCACUUCUUGUCCGCGACAACCCACCAGCAUCAGCUGAGACCUAAUUCCUUCUGCGUCACACGAGAGAUACCACGUGCUCUCUCCGCGGGAAAACCGCACGCAAGAAAGAUGAGUCCCACCGAAAAAGUCAGUGGAGGAGCCUGCAGAGCAGUGGGUGGAGAAUCGAGCAUUUCCAGAGGAAGAGGCUUUCUUAAAUACUCCGGCCUUCAGCCCUACCAUAAUCAGAAUGACCGUGCAUUGUUCAAUCCGUCCACGCACAUCGUGUGUGCCGAUGACGGUGAGGCUUUGGAUUCAGGCAAUCAGGAUGCAGAAGUCGAUUGCACUAGGCUGUGUCGCGACUGGGCCGGAUGCAGGAGGACUGAAAAAAGGCUUAUGGUUGAUGGUAGGAAAGGCCGGUUUGGCCAGCAAAUGUGGCCCGCUCAGCCCAACUCUGGGAUGGACAAGGGGCGCCAGGGCGGAAGAUGGUGGACUCAGGGGGGUUUUGGCUCUACCUACUCGUAA